UCCUUUUUAUAUUGGUGAGUAGUUGUUCUUCUUUGGAUUUUCGAUUAUGAUCCACAUGAGUUUGUCACUGAUAUUGUCUGUUCUUCCAUGUUCACACAAGAACACACAAAAUUAUCUGCGAAUCUAGUGUUCUUGUACUAAUAAAAUCAAUUGUUGGGAAAGAACUUGCGUGAUUGCCGUGAUUAUUCAUCCCUGAUAUUGUGAUAAUUUAUUUGUUUCUAUGGAUUUUUGUGGUCAGUUUAUGUGAAGAAACAUGUCUUCUUGAAUCCAAUAUUGGGGAUAGCCAGAUAAAUUUGACAGUGCCAGAUUGCUGUUGAUGGAGUUCAAUGGUCAGAGUAACAGAGAUGGGAAAGAUAGGAAUUCAAGAGGGUAAUGAUAGGAAUUCCUCUAGUGAUGUUGAUGAGUUUGAUCCAUGGACGGCUUGGCUCUACAAGCCACGCACGGUCUCAUCGCUACUUGUCGGAGCCUGUUUUUUGAUUUGGGCUAGUGGAGCACUUAAUCCUGACAGCACUGCAUCUAAUGCUACUGUUUCAUCUGUGAGAAGGGGUGUUUGGGCAAUGAUAGCAGUCUUUCUUAUUUAUUGCGUCCUUCAAGCUCCUUCAACGUUGCUUAUUAGACCCCAUCCUGCUGUUUGGCGGUUUGUCCAUGGAAUGGCUGUUGUUUACCUUGUGGCCCUUACUUUUCUUCUUUUCCAGAAUCGUGAUGAUGCUCGACAGUUCAUGAAGUACCUGCAUCCUCAUCUUGGAGUAGAACUACCUAAAAGAUCUUAUGGAGUUGAUUGCCGAAUUUAUGUCCCAGAAAAUCCUAAAAGCAGGUUUAUCAAUGUUUAUGAAACUUUGUUUGAUGAGUUUGUCCUUGCCCAUAUCGUGGGUUGGUGGGGAAAGGCUGUGAUGAUACGUAAUCACCCUCUCUUAUGGAUAUUGUCAAUUGGAUUUGAGUCGAUGGAGCUCACUUUUCGCCAUAUGUUGCCAAACUUUAGUGAGUGUUGGUGGGAUAGCAUUAUUUUGGAUAUUUUGAUCUGCAAUUGGUUUGGUAUUUGGGCCGGAAUGCGUACUGUUACAUACAUCAAUGGUAAAACAUACAAAUGGGUUGGUCUAAGCUGCCAGCCAAACAUUAUCAGUAAGGUAAAAAGAUCGUUGGGCCAAUUCACACCUGCAUGGUGGGACAAAGAUGAGUGGCACCCUAUGCAGGGCCCGCUGAGGUUCUUCCAAGUUCUAUGUCUCUGUGUCGCUUUCAUGACAGUGGAACUCAACACCUUCUUCCUCAAAUUCUCUCUUUGGAUUCCCCCAAGAAAUCCCUUGGUUGUGUACAGGUUGAUUCUUUGGUGGCUAAUAGCUAUUCCAACUAUCCGCGAGUACAACUCCUACAUACAGGACAGCAAGCCAGUAAAGGUGGGGGCAUUUUGUUGGCUUUCCCUAGCUAUAUGUAUAGUGGAGCUUCUUAUCUGCAUUAAGUUCGGACAUGGUCUGUAUCCGAAUCCAAUGCCAACAUGGUUGAUAUGUUUCUGGGGAUCUGUUGGAGUAACCCUUGUUCUCUUCCUGCUAGUUUGGUGUUGGAGAAAUCAUCGACAAAUGGCAAGAAAGAGGCUAUGAAUUCAUAACAUAACAUGUUUCUUUAUAAUUUCUUCACUUUGUUCCAUGAUAUGUUUAUUGUACAUAUGCAUUGUAAACUAUUUUGGUUAGUUCUGAAAAUUUUGCUGGAGACUUGAUUCAAGCUAAAG